AUGGAAAAACAUUCAAGGAUACAUACGGGAGAGACAGCAUAUGAAUGUGAACAUUGUGGAAAGUCAUUUAUGUAUAGUGAUGGUUAUAAAAUACAUAUGAGGAAACAUACGGGAGAGACGCCAUAUGAAUGUGAACAUUGUGGGAGGAAAUUUACACGUAGCGAUGGUUAUAAAAUACAUAUGAGGAAACAUACGGGAGAGACACCAUAUGAAUGUGAACAUUGUGGGAGGAAAUUUAAUCAAGGUGGUCAUUUGAAAAAACAUCUCAGGAUAAACACAGGAGUAAAGCCAUAUGCAUGUGAGCAUUGUGGAAAGAAAGAAAUUUUAUCAAAUUUCACAUUUAAAAAGACAUUUGACUGGUCAUGCAGGACAGCUAAUCUAUGA